AAGAUUUUUACAUGCAAUAUGUUUUUUUUUUGUGCAUGGUUGCAAGUCAUCUUCAUGGUUUGGCGUCAUUGUGUUGUUGAUAUUUUUAACCACUCAAAGUAUUUUCCCAAUUGUGUAAUUUGAACGUAUAAUCUCCAAGGAUAUCUUUGCAUGAUGUCGGAGGAAUCAGAAAGUGUUCACGAAGAAAUCGACGACGAUUCCUUCGAUCCUGAGGAGUGGAUAGAAUGGUUCGAUUAUUACAAAGAUCACAAUGGAGACUGGAUACAUGACUAUUCAUUUUUAGAAGGGGUAACGAGUCAGUUCAUUAAAGACAAAAAAGAAAGUGAAUCCAAUACUUCGGAAGAGACAGAAGAAGAUAAAGAAGGAGAUGAAGAAGAAGAAGAAGAAGAAGAAGAAAUAGAUUCUGAUGAAGAACCGAGAAUCAUGGAUCUCUUUGAGAGUAAACUUCAAGAAUUUACUCAAUUCGCUAAAACCUAUUUGCUGUCGCAAAGAAAUACUCUGCUAGAUUGUAACCGCCCUUACCGAGCUUCGAAUCCAAAAUUUUGGUUCUACAAAGAGUUUCGUGAUUAUCUAGAGAAUCAGGGAUUUAUGGAGAACAUGGUAGAUGUAAUUGUGAAGAUGUUUGCCAAGCACCCAGAGUUACCAGAUUGUCCUUUAUCAUUUAUAAGAGAUAAUUAUGGUAUCUCGCAGAAAGAGGAAGAGCGCCUCAUAGCAGAAUGGACAGCAGUGACCGAAGAAAUGUUGAUGCUGCAAGAUGAAGCGAAGGCCUUAGAGAAGAGGAUCACUUGGCGGCUCAAACAGCCGAGAGAGGAAGAAGACAUUACAGAAAGCGAUAUGGACAAAUCCAAAUCGCAAAUUCGCCGAAUGUCGGAGCCGAAGAAGAAGAAACUGUACGAUGAGAUGCUCGCUAGGGAAGAAGCGUCGUCGAGUAAACCGUCCUCUUCCUUCCAUUGGGUGUGCUCUGACCCGUCUUCAGUGCCGUCCUCUCACUCGUCUUUGAGGCUGGUCGGGUCGGAGAUCUCCCUUCUUCCAUUCGAAGAGGAACAAGAACAGGAGGGUAACGGUACUCCCCACUACGAAUAUGACGACUUCAAGAGGACAGAAGGAUCUUCGUCUUCUUUAGAUGUUGGAUCUAUUGAAUUAAAUUAGUAAAUAAACGCAUUGCAUUUUUUUUUUUCGUAUAAAAAUAUAUCAGGAUAACCAUCUAAUCUUAUUCAGUUAUCG